CUCUCCGCGGUGCGCACAUCAUAAACCAGAGUUAAUUCGAAAGUGUCCCUCCUGCGGGGUCACUGUGGACUUGGAGACAAUAUCAAGAGGAUUUUACUAAAACAGAGAACUCGCCGUGGAUCAGAGAGCUCCGCUCUUAGAUUACAGAAAACUCUGAGAGGGGAAAUUGUGAGGAAACCGUUGGAGAGACGUCCUCUGAACCGCAACACCGGUUCUGUGGAUGUACAGCGCUGCCCACCACCUCAUGUGCCGCGGGACACGCCAUGGGACAAGCCAACACUGAUGUGAUGGGCUGUUGAUGGAGAAGAUUUCGAAUGUCAGCCGGGACAGUGGUCAUCGCAGGAGGAAUUCUGGCUACAGUCAUCUUACUGACCAUUGUAGCUGUACUGUGUAUAUGUAGGUUACAGUAUUACUGCUGUAAGAGGGAGGAGUCUGAGAAGGGGGAAGAGGAGGAACCAGAGUUUGUCACCAUGUCGCCGUCCCACCCCCUGGCUCUUUGUGCUCCUCCUACACCUCCCACACCAGAGCAUUACAGCGACGAAGCUGAGACCUACCCUCCAACCUUUCUCACUGAGGCCAACGGGCCCAUCAGCUACUCCCCAACCCCUCCAUCACGCAGGUGCCAGCGCUCACAUGCCUUCUGCCCAUCCUGCGCCCGCUGCUCACUGCCUUUUUACUUGCAGCACCCGGAGAGGCUGUGUGAUGGCAGGCGCAGGAUAAGCUACAGGACUGUGCAGCAGCAGGACCUGGAACUGCCCACAGAUCUGGACAGCCUUUACCAGAAGCUCAACCUCAUCCGCUCUGUCUCCAUGAGGGAGGUGGUGACCCACAGUGUCAGCACUGACGUCUAGGAGUGGGCAGGACAAUGGCAGUGCCACCUUGCUGUCCUGGAGGACACACUGGUGGACAUGCUGCUGUCCUGACAGAAAAUCCAGUGCUGUCAGUGGACACAUGAUCUGAAUAUUGUGCUGUGGUUACAGAAGACACUGUAUUGUCCUGUUAAAUAAUAUGAGGGCUUUCAUGUGGCAGCCAUGUUGGAGGUCAACGUCUCUAAUAGAAUUUGAAACACACAAAUCUGAUCCUUUUAAUCCUGACUUUUGUGUUUUAGCGUGUAGAGUACCUGACCAGUAUAUUUGUGUGUUGAAUACAAUAAAAUAUGAACCUGCUAAUUAACAAAUUGAGUUUUUCUACUAAAGUAAACAGAAAUGUUGUUUUGUUGACUGAAUGCACCACAUGAGACAGAAAUGAGUGUAAAAAAAUAGCUGAAUUCAGAGGGAGGUGUAUAGGUGCCUUCAGGUGGGGUUGUGUUUCAUGAGACAUAUUCAUAUUUGCAUCAUAAAUGGAAAGAGUUCACAUGUUUUGAUGUAUUUGCUGAAGUUAUUUUCUUUGAUGGAUUAUAAGUUAAGUUAAGAAAACCAGAGCAUCAAAAAACAGAGCAACAGACGGGACUGAGACAUGACCAGACAAACCACACAAACCAAAAUGAACCAACAGAGACGCUGCAGAGCACAGAGACUAAGUACACUGAGGAGGCAGGGACAAUCAAACACAGGUGAGACCAACAAGACACAGGUGAAACACAGUAGGGUGGGACAGACAGUCAGGGAAGGCAGGACAGGAAUCAAGACUGGACAUACAUGGUACACACAAGGAACAUCUUCAAAAAUAAAACAGGAAACAAGGAACUGAAAACCAGACAGAACUAAAAACAUUGGGUAAAGAAAAAGGUCAGGACAAUUUUAGUUGUAUGGAAUACUUUUAAUUUGUCUGAAGAAAAGUUUACACAUUAUUAUUAUUUACCUUACCUGCACCAUAGCAGCUUACCACCAUACUAUUGUUGCAACUGUGCGAGCAUAUUGUGUUCAAAACCUCCCAUGUCAUAAAAACAAGUUCACAAGACCCUUUUGAAGGCACACAUACAUUUCUAUAUGAUGUAGUCUACACAGUAACACAUUAAUAACCUAGAGUGGAGGCUCCUGCUCAAAUAGUAUGAAGAAGGAUGAUCUGGUAGAGGCGCUCAGUGAGGCAACUGUACGACAGCCUCAGGUUCAGUGUGAAUUUGCCCAGUGGGAGGAUACCUUGCCUAGUGUACAUGCUAAAAAUGAGAUGCAGAAUAAGGUACUCGGCAGCCAGGGUACUGCUCAAAUUUAUAUUACCCGUGAACAAAUCAAAUGUUUUAAGAAGCAGUUGGAGAGCCUUAUAAGAAGUCUGUUCCUGUCAUUGGCCUUUUAUACAGCCGAUAUUUGACAUGAGUAAGCAGGAAAAGCCUUGUUGAGUACAAAUAAUAAUGUGUUAUAGUGAACUAGUAUGCACCCUGAAACUGAGGAAGUUAAAUUUAACUUGUGCAUUUAAAAAUCUACACUGUGCUUAUUCCUAAUGUGAUCUGUGAAGAUGUUUGCAAUGAAAAAGACCAAUUCAGAAGUGUUUUGAUCAAAUGACUGUGUUUAUUAUUAUUUCAAAUCCCUGUGCCAUUAAGGUUUACAUACAUUUCAAUAGCAGAUGCAACUAAGACUUUAUCUCAGAUCGAGAACCACCUGAGUGAUGACACUGUCGGGAUGAGACAGUCAGUCAGUGUGUGAACUCACAGGAAACAUUUAAAGGGCUGUUUCAAGUGUUGUAUGAUCUAAUGAGACAACACCCAUGUGUCCUGAUGACUGAGGCUGUGCUAAGCUAUUGAACUUUUAAGACCAAACUGACAGGUAAGGAAAUCAUUUCUUCAUGAUGGUAAAUUAGAUAUUAGAAAUGACAGUAAUCUAAACAUAUGCGUGAUCAGUGCUGUGUUUACUGCCCCACUGUUUCCUCUGACAUGUAUUAUUGAUGUGUGUAUGUUUUUUAAGUAGUCAGGUGUCCUGAUGAUGCAACAUUUUUCAUAAGCAUCAUAGAUAGACUGAUGAACGCAAGAUUGUGUUGUUUUCACUUUGUCAUGUUUGUAAAACACCAGCAUUUUAGUUUGAAAACAUUGCAUCAUGGGCAAAACAUCAGGUCACAUGACUUUACCUUCAUUUGUGAACAAGCAGAAUAAA